UAGCAGGCAACGGACCAAAGAUGCAGAAGUUUGUAGUAGCAUUCGCCGUACUGGCGCUGUUGAGCGGCACCCAAUCACUACCGUCCGAAGAUGCGGGACCACGCAUUACCGGAGGCACUCAGACGCUGCUGGGCCAAUACCCGUCGGCGGUAAUCAUCGAAACACCGUACAUUACCCAGAACUGCAUGGGUACGGUGGUUAACCGGCAGCACGUACUGACCGCGGCCAGCUGUGUCAUGAAUCCGACCACGUUCGUGCUCAUCAACCCGUUCUGGUUGCGCGUCAUCGCUGGAGACAUUAACGUGACACCGGUAUCGCCCAGGCGCGAGGUUCGCAGCGUCAUCCGCAGUUACGUCCAUCCGAACUACAACCGGCUGACGGAUGGCAACAAUCUGGCAGUACUGCGCGUCGAUGUGCCGUACCCCGAGUUUCACAACGCGAUCGAGCCGGCCCUGUUCAACACGCGCCUGCUGGCGGACAAUACGCAGUGUCUGUUUGCUGGAUGGGGCGCUGCCCAGAACCAGGAAACGGCUGCCGUACGUCCGAACCAGUUCGUCGUAACGCAACCGAUACUGACGACAGCUUCCUGUAAUGCGGGCAACGUACACAACAACCGGGUGCAGCAGACGAUGAUCUGUGCAGGUGCACUGGCCGCGAACCAGAACGCCGUCUGUCGCGGCAAUAUGGGUGGUGGAUUGUACUGCAAUGGGCGUCUGGCCGGUGUGUUGGCGUUCGGGUUGGGAUGCGGUGUCGCUAACCAGCCGGCCGUAUACAUGGACGUGCGACAGUACACCCAGUGGAUCGAAACGCAGUUCACGCGCACGGAUAACCCACCGCCCGGCUGGACACCGCCGCAGCCAUUGUAAGUGC